ACCAGUUCGUUGUUUACGCUAACAUUGCUGUAACGCAUAGCGCCAGAGUGCCAUCAGUGAUAGUGUCUGUCUACCAAUAUUGGUCCAAUGUUCGGAGAUUAAGCAGCCUCUUCCUAACACACCACGACUGAGAUCCUGAUCGUUCAACGAACAAACGAACCUACAUGCGCAAAUCAUCGCGACCCCACUAGUCAGUCGUUGUUGAGCAAAGCCUCGAACAACACAUAAUUGGGGUGGGGAGAUUCUAUUCGCUCAGCUACAAUCCGAUCACAUCGACCCAUCGCUUUGACAUGUGUGAUUAGUCCAUUCCAUUAGCAUUUUGUUUGUCUGAGAUGACGAUAGCCAUUUUGAUCUAAACAGCAGCUACGUUAGCCAAAGUGGUAGGAGGUCGUGGUUGCACCGUGUGCGUGAGCUAAACCUGUUCAGUUUGAGUGCUUACGCGCGUUGCCUGCCGUUGAUCGUGUGUCUGUGCAUGCGUGCUUCGUAGAUCAGUGAAAGAUCCCAGCGACCUCCACAAUUAAUGGUGUACGUGUACGUGUUACCUAUCCACUGGCGCAUUGUAAACUGUGCUCAUUUCAUCGGACCAUACAGCAGCCACAUCGAGCAAUAAGGAGAGAAAAAAUCUGACCGUAGCGACCCAAAGGGUCGCUAAAUCGACUUCAACAUGCAGACUAGUAGCAAGUUUUACCUGGUAGUGAUGGUGUGCUUGCACCUACAGCUGUUGUGUAGUGGAGCCAUCCUAACUGGUCAUUGUCCUCCGAAAUGCAUUUGCCCAUUGAGCAGCGCAGUAAGCAAGCAAGAAAUCAAUUGCGCUGCAAAUGGAUUCAACCUAGAAGUGCGAACCACCUACAGCCACCUCCUGGUGCAUUGCAGUGUCAUAGACCAUGCCAACAAUUUCGAUGACAUUAGUUGGAAUCUGCGGGAUUUCAUCUCCUCGGGCGUUAAGUUGAGCAAACUUACGCUACAACGAUGCGCCAUUCCUGCGAACCGAUCGCUGGCCGAUUUGCUGUCUCCAUUUCUGACACCUGCCGACGCAGCUAAGCUCAGCACAGUAUACUUCGUGGGGAACCAUCAGAACAGCUACAGUGCCGCUCUGUCCCCAAAACUGUUCGAGGGCCUAUCGACGCUUAAUACACUAUCCUUGAAGAAUGCCACUGGAGUGCCGAUUGUAACAAACGAUCUGCUAGCCUUUGUACCGGACUUGCAAUGGUUAGACGUGCGCGAAUAUUCGCACCCAUUGCCAACGGAGCUACUAAAACGCGUACCCACCUUAACCACUCUGGAGUUGGGACACGACCCGCUGCUUAGCGAGGCUUUGGCGGCCGGUUUUCUCAACCAUCUGGAUUCCAUACACACGUUGAUGAUCAAAUCGUGCUCUUUGGAUCAUAUCCCCUCACUCAGUCAUUUGCAACGUCUCAAGCUGAUCGACAUAAACGCCAACCAUGGUUUGCAGUUAACAUCGGGCGAUGCAUUUGCUAACCUAACGAAACUUACCUCGCUGACGUUGAAAAACAAUCACUUGAAAGAGCUACCGCAUAACCUGUUUCACACGAAUACGGCAAUCGAGUCGCUCGAUCUAUCCCUCAACCGGCUCGUGGAACUGCCGCCCGAUUUGUUCAACAAUCAGACUUCAUUGAAAGUACUCUCGCUGCAGGGAAAUCAGUUGAAGGGCGAACUGCCGAAUCAGCUCUUCUUACAGACAAAAAAUCUAGAAAAACUAGAUCUGAGCGAGAACGCACUUGAAACCAUAAACAGGGAACUGUUUGGAAACCUCCUUAAUCUAGAACAUCUUGUACUAAGCAACAAUCGCAUACGUAUGAUACAUCCAGACGCUUUCAAAAUAGAUCCAAACAGAUCCCCGAAAAUCACCGAAUUACAACUAGCACACAACAAAAUAACGCUCGAAGAGCCAGGGCAAGGUCCGUUCUACGGACUGGACAAAUUGAGAGUUUUGGAUCUUUCCUAUAAUCUGAUCCGCUUGGCGACACGUGUCCAGUACACUAACGCGAUGCGGGGUUUAGAAAUUCUCAAUUUAUCUCAUAACAAUAUAGCAAACAUAUCGUAUGCUGACCUAAUGUUUGUCUCAAAGCAAAUGCUAAAGUUCUCACUUAGUGCAAAUGCCAUUGACAUGAUUGACUUUAGUGACGAAACAGAAACAGGCAACUUGCCAAAAGAAGUGAUGCUGAACGGUGACACGUUGCGAUGUGAUUGUCAUAUAUACCACUUCGUCCGCUACAUACAAAACAAGAACAAGCAGAGGCUAACGCUGCAUACGGAUAGGUUGAAGUGUGCCAAUUCAAGUGACGAUCUGUCAGAUAUGAAGGUACAGGAGAUUGACCGGAAUAAACUGGUGUGCAGCAUCGCUGGCAAAAUGUGCCCCAACAAAUGUAUAUGCACGUCGCGACCUGAAGAUGAGUAUGUGAUUAUCGAUUGCGCUCGGCGCGGUAUCACUAGUGUACCAGCUAUUCCACCACCAGAAGAGUUCAAUUCAAGCUACAUUGAACUUCGUCUGGAACACAACCAACUAGAGACACUGCGAGCCCCAACAAACAGCAGCGGAUGGCAUUCGGUUCGUCGAUUGAUAGCUUCCAACAAUCAACUUAAGGCGCUCAAUGCCAACGAUUUACCGAAGCACCUGAUAUUGUUAGACAUUAGCAAUAACACCAUGGAACAGCUUGACGACAGUGCUACCAAAUCACUCGCUACAAUCAAGCAGUUGCUGCUUUCGGGUAACGCAUGGUAUUGCAGCUGCGAUGCGGAAGAAUUUGUAGAGUUCGCACAUGAUAACCGUCCACGCAUUGGAGACUUUGAUGCAUUAAAAUGCCACGAUGGUAACCGACUGGAAGAGACAACGGUCAAUACGAUCUGUAGAAAGCAAACUAUAUUGACCGUCGUUGGUUGCAUAGUCUUGGCUCUCAUUGGCCUAUUCUGUGGGCUGGCAACUUGGUUCUACUAUAAGUACAAAAUCGAGAUCAAAGUAUGGUUGUUCAAGCACAACCUUUGCCACUGGCUCACGUACGAAGAAGAUGAUGACGAGCGGGAUGCAUGCAAACGAUACGAUGCAUUCGUUUCCUAUUCGCAUCAAGAGGAGUCAUUUGUGGCGAAAGAUCUAAUCCCAGGACUAGAAAAGGAACGAAACUUCAAGCUAUGUUGGCACCAGCGAGAUUUCAUACCGGGUGCACUGAUUUCCACGCAAAUUACAAAGGCAAUCGAAGAGUCACGCCGUACGAUCGUCGUCUUGUCGAAGAGUUACCUUUCAUCGGUCUGGGGUCAGCAAGAAUUUCGGACCGCCUUUCAACAGUCGGUGUCCGAAAAGCGUAAUCGCGUGGUGGCUAUAAUCUAUGAGGACAUUGGUAACGUAGACAACCUGGACGCUGAUCUUCGGGCGUACCUUCGCUCGACCACCUAUCUACAGUGGGGCGACACCUGGUUUUGGGACAAGCUGGCCUACGCCAUGCCACACCCUCGAAUGGGACAGACCGAUCAAUCUGGUCACCAGCUGGCACAAAAUCUGCAGCAGGCCACGGUAGGUAGAACCAAGAUACUAAAUAACGGUCAAGUAGUACCGGAUGACAAGGACUGCGACUACGAUAACCCCUGCCUACAACUUCCGGUAUACACCAUCAGCGAUGGUCUCGACCGAUAACCAGUGAAAGUUUCGUCACAUCAAGGCUGUGUUCAAUGCUGACAAUUAGAUAAUUCGCCAACAGGUGGGAUAUUCAUUGGCAUCAGAACGUCUAGAUACCAGUCUCUCGGUGUCGUGACUACGUGGGAUCCCGAAGUAUUAAUGACAAGCAGGUAAUACUCAUCCGAAUAAAACCGGAGUAACCAGCCCUCCAUAUCGGUUAAUCAAAAAUGACAGUUACUUAGUGCCUUGUACCUAAAGUAGAAAACAAUGCUGUGGCCAUACCAACUUUAACAUCUGUACCCGUAGAGCCGACCCGUUGAUGUCGCCUUUAUAGUAACCGCGAUCAACUUCAUGGACGUCUAGAGUUAGUAGAAUAAUGCUCGAACAAUUGUUUCCUUACUUUAAACAGUUAUGCGUAGCGGAAAAAGACGACAACAUCUUGUAUCUCAAGGAUUGUUCUAGAAUUUUCAUACGUACAAUAAAAACUGACAAUUGAAACAUAACUUAUUCUAAUCGAUGCUGAGAAGUGAUGCAUGU